AUGGAAGACGUCUGUGAGGUAUGCGGCGAUAGGGAGUUCAAGUACAAGUGUCCUAAAUGCCUGAAAAAGAGCUGUUCGUUGGCGUGUUCGAAGAAACAUAAGGUGAGCGAUGAUUGUUCUGGUGUAGCUCACGAUCCGUCUGUCUAUGUAAGCAGUGAGGCAUUGAAGAAUGAGGACGAUGAGAAGCAUGAGAUGAAUGUGGUGGUACAGCGCGAUUACAAUUUCCUGACACAGAUGAAGAGGGCCGUAGAACUGCAAAAGAGAGACGGGAAGUUGAAGAACAAGAGGAUGUUGAACAUGCAGCAUGCAGGCCCAAAGAGGCCCCGAUACAACGAGAACUCAUGUCAAAGAGUGAUACGGAGGGGAGUGAACUGCCUGGUGCUGCCGAAGGGGAUGCAGAGGUCUUCGAUGAACAAGAGCAAGUGGGAUAAAGCAUUAGAUCUUUUUGUUUGGAGCAUUGAGUGGACUCUGUUUCCGGUGCAGGGUACGGACUCAGAGCCUUUUGCGCAUGUAAGCCAUCGAAUAAAGGAGACAGACUCGAUCGCGGAAAGUAUGGGCAAGAUCAUUUACGACAAAUGCUGCGAUAUGUAUCAGCUGCAGCGCAGUGCAACUAGCGACGAAGGGCAAGAAACCAAGGAGGACCGUACCAAGAACCUGGUCAACAGUCGACUGCUGUUCUAUACAAAGUGGUUUCCGUAUAAUACAACUGACGUCGUAGACUCUAGGAAAUUGGUCCGGCUAGAGCCAUCAGGUAAAUCAAUUGCUGAACAGUUCAGAAACAAGACUGUUAUUGAAUUUCCAACAAUCUUCGUUACAAAGCAAGAGACCGAUAUACCGCAAAAAUACACCAUUGUGGAUGAACGCGAUGCUCGAGAGACGCCCAGUACGGCGAGCGCUGCAAGUGAUACUAGCAGCAGCGAGGAGCCGCCUGAGGAAUCGAUCAAACCCUCGCGACCAAGUGAUGAUGCUCCUGCUGAUGACUCUGAGAGCGAUAGUGAUGGUUAUGAUCCGGGCGUUACAAUGGAUUUCCUAGCAAACUGA